AUGAGACAAUAUCUUGAUAAUGGUCAUAUAAGUUUAGUUUCGCAAGACGAAAAAAAACCUAAUUUUGUCGCAUAUCUCCCUCACCAUUGUGUGUUUAAGCCCGAAAAAUCCACUACAAAACUUCGAAUCGUUUUCAAUGCGUCAGCUAAAGGAUCGAAGGGUAUAAGUUUGAAUGAAAGUCUUCUUCCCGGUCCUAAACUUCAACCUGAUAUCACUAGUAUUCUCCUAAAAUUUCGCUUUUAUGCUGUGGGAUUUUCGGCUGAUAUAAAACAAAUGUAUUUACAAAUUCUAUUGACUCCUAAGGAUAGAGAUUUUCAACGGUUGCUUUGGCGUUUUGAUUCCCAAGGCCCUCUUCAGGAAUAUCGCUUGAACACCGUUACUUUUGGCGUAAGUUCCAGUCCAUUUUUGGCCAUACGUACUGUUCAAGAGCUAGCUUGUCAGGAGUCUCAUAGAUAUCCAAAUGCCUGUGAAAUUUUACGCAAACAAAUGUUUAUCGACGACAUCUGUGCCGGAGCUUGCUCUAUACAUGAGGCUGUUUCUCUUCAGAAGGAUCUUAUUGGAAUUUUGAAGUCAGGAGGAUUCGAAUUAAGAAAAUGGGCGAGCAAUUGCCCCACCCUCUUGAAGUCCUUUUCGCAAGAGGAAUGUCAGAUUCCCAUAACCUCUGACAAAGAAAAUUCUUCACCCAUAAAGGUUCUUGGCCUCCAAUGGAACCCUUCAACUGAUACUUUUUCAUAUACAUGUCAACCAUCCGACAAAAGUUGCACCAAAAGACACAUUUUGUCAGAGAUUGCCAGAAUUUUCGACCCCUUGGGUUUUCUUUCUCCGGUUACAUUUUCGCUAAGUGUUUGA